AUGAGCAACAAUAACGACAUUUAUGAUGUAUCUCUAGUACCAGACAAUGUGUUUACAUUGGAUGGUAAUGAUUUUUAUCAAUUAGUACAAUCACUAGUCGGUGAAACUGUUUGUGAGAUUCUCAGAAUACAAUCAAUAAAUUCCACAAGAUCAUUUUUGAAUACUGACGAUGUGUUAGAAAUUUUUAAAUAUGAUUCGCCUGAUUUAAUUAGUAUUAAAAAUAAAUCAUGUCACAAAAUGACGAAUGGUCAUUAUAUUAUUAAAGCUGGAAUUCAAAGCAGUUUAGCAUAUUUAACAAAAUUAUUAGAAAUAAAACAAGAUCAGCAACAAUCCAUCAUGAAUAAUGACAAUAAUAAUAGUAAUGAACAAACAUUGCCAUAUGAAAUUAUAAAUAACAAUUCAAUGUUAAGAUCAUUAUUUUCUUGGUACGAACAAAAUGAAAAUAUGAGUAAUAGCAAUAGCAAUAGCAAUGACAAACAAAUAUUUUUGUCAUCAUUUAUUGAUAACAUAACGAAGAACCUUUCAAAACCAAAACAUAAUUACCGAUACAACGAAUCUAUUAAACGUUUUGCUGUAGCAUUAUUCAUAUUAGGUGGUAAAUUAACAUAUGAAUUUGUUAGAAUGAAUUUGAUUGCUGCUGCAUUACCAACUAUUCCAACAUUAAAUAAUUUGAUAUUAAAUGCAAAUCUUAGAGUAGCAGAAGCAGAAUUUAGAUUUGAUGCAUUACAGCAACAUUUAUUAUCAAUUCAUACAAAACUUGGUUUUGUAUCAGAAGAUUGCACCGGUGCUAUAAGAAAAAUAAAAUAUGAUGUAACAACUAAUUCAUUUGUCGGUUUUGCAGCACCACUCGCUAAUGGAGUCCCAAUUGCUCAAUUUUAUCAAACAGAUUCUUACAAACAACUAAAAUCAUGGUUCGAUACAAUUGAUAAAGGACCAUUAUUAAACGUACAUAUGUUUCAACCAUUACCAUCCAAUAAUACAAGUUCAUCAAGUUCAUUUUUAUUAUCUGGUUAUGGUGUUGCUGAUACAUAUACAUCAAAUGAUAUUGUUCGUCGUUGGAUUUCUAUUUUUGAGAAUUGUUUUCAAAAACAAAUUCGUAUUAUUGGCUUUUCAAGAGGUGUUAUUCUAUUUCUUAAUGAUGAUAACAAAUAUAUGAGAGCAAUGCGUUUAAUGAGUGGAUUCUUUGCAUCUCUUCCAAAUAUGAAAUUACAUCAGCGACCAGAAGCAUUUGAAAUACAUUUACCAUCAAAAUGGCCGUGGUUUUAUCUUCGACGACAACAAUUAUUAUUAUUUCUACAGGAUCCGACAUAUUUAGCUACAAAGUGGAGAAAUCGUUUAUUAUCUUCAACAGCACAACUCAUGAUGGGUCAACAAUUAAUUUCCAUACAGCAUUUGCAAGAUAUUAUUGAUAGUGACGCAUAUUCUAAACGUGAUCAUGGUCUUGUUCGGACAGAUAUUAAUCCUAAAGACAGACAAAAUUAUCGUUCUUGUGAAAAACUGACAUCAAAUGAUUUGUUACAUAUUGUACGUAGUAAUCCCAAGACAUCAGGAACAUUU